AUGAUGACAACGUGCGAAAAUGUACGCGGCGUUUUGCAAAAUUGUGGCGACGCUGCGCCCUUGCCGUCAGAGUCUUUGUCCACCAACGCCGUGAAUCGUAGCCUCUCGGAUCUUCAUACACCCACUUGGUUUGUGCUCCUUGGCUUGAGCUCUGGACUGCGGACGCUGCUGUUACAUCCGCUGAACCUUGCCAUAUCUCGCAAACGCAUGAUGCCAGAGAGUAGGCCUCCACCGGUGAUGCAAAUAUUGUCUCAGGCAUACCGGGGCGAGGUCAAGACAAGUCCUCUCAAUCCUACAAAAGGGGUGAGGGCCAUUUAUCGGGGAUUUGGUGUUGCAUUGAUUGGGAAUCUUCUCGGCGAGGUAGCUUACCUUCACACACUUGAAUUGGUGCGGGAACAACUGGAGAGCAAACCUUCGGCUCUGCAAGGGGCUUCUUCCUCGCAGGGACUUGAUUUCAACGCGAGCAGUCACGCUGCGGCCGCGGGUGGCUUGGCGGGUGGUUUGAUCUCCCUUCUUAUUACCACACCAAUUUCUGUCGUGUGCAAUAGGCAGUUAACGGCUGGUUAUGGCAUGGCUUCUGGAUAUACUUAUUGUUCUGCGUGGGCAACGGGGCGGGAAGUCAGCGGUUUGUAUCGGAAAACAAAUGAGUCCUUCCUUCGUAGGGGAAAAAAUGCAAUUCGUGGGUUCUACGCUGGGCUUUUGCCGGGUAUCGCAGCACUUCCCGAGAAUGCGGUGUGGUGGGCUUUGUAUAGCAAGACGAAGGUCGUUCUAUACACGUUAUUUGAACCAACCUUGUCGCGCUGGGAACGCGAAAGGGAUGCUAAAGAUUCUCUUCGACCAUUUUGGCGACAAAACUGGCUGUUGUCUCCUACAGACAACCCCGCAUUGAACGCCGCGGCAGGCAUGCUUGCUAGUUCCAUGACGACGGUAGUUUUUAAUCCACUUGACGUUCUUCACACACGGCUGCAGGCCCUACCAGUGGAGAGGCACGGCAAGGCAAAAGGCGUGCCGCUUGCACGUGUCUAUAACCUCGUGGACAGUCUCAUUCGGAAAGAGGGCUGGCGAGGGUUUUUCAAGGGAGCAUCAGCAAAUGUGGGUGUUUGUGUUUUGGAUGGUGUGUUUUUUUCACUGUUUUUUGAACUUACAAAGCUUGGUAGCGAUCGAGAGUUUUUGCGUCAAUUUUAA